UCCAAUGUGGUCCAAAGCUUGUUUGUUCUCAGUCGUUUUGAGGGUUUUUUUAUCGAAAAAUGUAGACUCCGUGGUGUUGUGUCGUAGACAAAUGAAAUUAUAAAACGUUUUUCGAAGUCCGAAGCCACGCGAAUAUGUUCGCGUCGAUAAAAUCUACGUGCAGUUGCUGUUAUUGACUCGUAACUCUAACCUUAAAAUGUGGAACAUUGUCAACCUGACGAUACUUCUUUAUUACAUCGGCAGAAGCGUCACAGCCUCUUUUUGUUAUCCAGAUUACUGUCAGGCCUCGGCGAACUUAACACCCGUACCUGGUUUCCAGUGUGUACUCACAAGAAUACAAAGGGAUGGAGAUUGCGCUAAACUUAACUUGAAAAGCUCAAGUGCUAUAGUACUGAACAACGACACUGCCAAAUUUAGCCUACGUACUUAUGUAUACAAGGAAGCUCAAACCAAAGUCACUGCAUUUAAUUUAAGCAUUACCGAUGCAAAUUUCGACAGAUUAAAUAUACGUUAUCGGAGCUUACUGAAUGAAAGUCAGUUAGCUUGUAGAAGUAUAAAACUUUUUGGGAACGAAACUCAUCCUGCUCCAAAGGAACUAUACGUUUCAUGCCCGUUCUCUAACGAUUCUUACGAAUCCACUCCUUACCAAUUUGAUUAUUUAGUGAUUGGUAAAACGUAUAAUUAUAGCAAACAAUAUAUUUUCAAUGUACCUGCGCAUAAAUUUAUCGAAGAAGGCAUAAGCAUAAAAGACUACACGCCAUUUGUAUAUAUAAAUAUAUCUCACGCGCCUCUUCACUCGUUACACGUUCAGUCGAUGCGGGAAUCGUACAAUGUGACAAAAUACAAAAUUUGGUUGAUAAACAAUGACACAGACUCAAAUAUAUUGUUCACAACGAGCGAACAAAGUAUCUUGUACGACUUCACAGGGCACACCGGUGUGUACUACUUUAAAGUCUCCGCAAUACAUCCACAUUGCGGGGAAAAUGGAUGUGCAAACAGUAGUACACCUUUUAUCAUUAUACAAAAACCGUCCCACCGUCUUCUAAUUAUGAUUAUCAGCACCGUGUGGAUACCACCGGCGAUUCUGUGCGUGCUCUAUCUCCUUUACAAAUUGUACACGAAGGGAGGAUUGAAAGGGAGACGAAAGCCUAAUUGUUUGUUAGUGUAUUCACCCACGCGUCUGACGCACAUCAACGCGAUGAACGAGUUAGUUAAAUAUUUAAGAAAUUCGAACGUUGCCGUAAUAGAUAUGAUAGAUGUCACGGAUAGUACGAGGAAAGAUACCCAAGAUUGGUGCAACGGUGCUUUUCGAAGCGCAGACGUCGUCCUCGUUGCCACUUCGCCGCCGCCUAUAAAACCUGCGGUGUCGUUGAUCUAUAGGGACAACGAUAAUCAUUUCUUAAAGCUAGUCAAAGAGAAUCAAUUUCAGAAAGGGAAGAGGUAUUAUAUCGUGCAGUUGCCGUAUUGCACACCGAACGACGUGCCCGAGGAGACCAGGCAUUUGAAGAGAUUCUGUUUGCCGAAAGAGCUGCCGAAGCUCGUGAAGGUAAUCCAUCAGAUUCAAAGCUCGAGAUGGGUUUCCGCGUGCGAUAGGGAGUUUUUAGAUAGCGUAAAAUUAGCGAAAUUGGAAAUACUCGAGGAGGAUGGAAGCGCGAUGAAAGGAACACGAGAGACAGAAAAUCUGUUAACGUCGGGAAACGACCCGAUGCCAGACACGCGGAAUUCCGUGUCGACGGUAUUGGAAAGUAGUCCCAUUCCCCAGGCUUUUGCAACGAAUAUCGACGAGUUGAAUUUGCUUGGGGAAAACGGAGAUGGCGGAGAGGCAUUCGUUUAUAGCACGCCGUCGAGCAAUGGCAACUUUUGCGUCCGCGACUUAAACUUGUGAUUUUAUAUUUUACAGUAUUUUUUCUUCUUUUAUUUUGUUACCGACGUCCACGAAGAAAUUUAUCUUGCCUAAGGUUGUUUUUUAAGAUGUAGGAUAUCUUAUACUUGUACCGAUUCAAUAAACGAGGUAACUUUUCGUUACUGUG